AAGUUCAACGAAUGAUGUUUUCCCGAAUUUAAAUUUAGCAUUUACCUUGUAAAGUCUUUUGAUUAGUGUUUGAUGAUUACCUACAUUCCCUUGAUUCAAUCAAAGCAGUUCUUAACGAUUUAAAAAAAAAGAGAAACAGGUAUAAAAAAGACAAUGGGAAAUUGCACAGGAAAAAAUUCAAAAGAAAAUAAAAGGCACAAGAUGGAAGAAGAGUACAGACCUUGUCAAUCAGAUACUGUUAAUCAGAACGAUCCUGGUCAGGGUGUGCAAGCUACUCAAAAUGGCAUUGAUAAAAAUACACAAAAUUCUGUAGAAAUUGCUAAAAUAAGAAAAGGGACAAGUGAUAUGAAAAGUUCUGUUGAUAGUAAACACCAUGGUAACACAGAGGCAAAUGAACAAGUAAACAUGCCAGUGAAGCAAGAAUCUGUAAAACCUGAAAUCCCAAAAUCUGAGGUUAUAAAAUCUAAGUUACAGAAUACUGAAACUGAAGCAAAGGCAACAGAUGCGAAUAUUAAAGAAGACAAACAAUCUGAACUUAAUACAAUGGACCCAAAGGUCAAAGGGUCAGAUAUGAAUAACAGUGCUGUAUCACCUGUCAAUGAUAAGCCAGAUUAUACAGAAAUCAAAGACAAAUCUUAUAACUUUGCCCAUAUAGGAAAAGACUCGGAAACUCCAGACUUGCCAGAAUCAGGAUUUCUUGACACGAAAUCUGGGAAAACAGAAUCGGCACAUAAUAAUGAUGACAUAAAGACAGAUGGAAGUGACCAAUCACAUGGAAAUGAUCCAAGGGAUGAAACAGGUGGAGAUGUUUCAGACAAAAAGAAAGACAAACUUGGGCAUUCAGAUUUGUCUGACUUUGAUCAAAAUGAUAAAGGAAAAAGUAAUAGUUCAGAAAUAGGGAAAGACAAUAGUGGGCAGCCAAAUAGUGCACCAAGUGAUGGAAAUAAUAGUAACCAACAGAGAACUGGAGAGGAAGAAUUUGCAUUCCCCACCAAUAAUGAAUGUAAAAAGGAUGAGAAAGGUAAAACAGAUCACAAUGAAGAAUUCAAAUCAAAAACAAAGGAAAAGAAAAAGAAAAAGAAAGAUAAAACAGAUAAAUUUGUUGUACAACCUGGUGCUACAGUACAAUAUCAUGAAAAUGUCGGUCAACUUUUCGUUGGUUGUGACAUAGGUGAUGUAAAACAUAAGAAGAAAAAAGAAAAAGGAGGGAAUACAAAGGCUGCCAUUCAUAGUUUUGAAACAUUGAAUGUUUUGACAGAGGUGGCAAAAUCUGUGGGACAUAUUAUUGGACCUAAAAAAUCUGGAACAUGCUGGAGGGUUGGUGAUGAUAAAAUUAUUACUGCUGCACAUGUUGUAGUAGAUAAUAUAUGGAAUCAAAUGAUUAAAACUAACUUUGAGCAAGACUUGGAGAAAUUUAGGGUGGACUUUGAAUACAUUAGCAAAGAGUCAUCCAGUCCGUUCAAAGUUGAACCAAGAGUAUUGUUUAUGAAUGAAAGUUUGGAUGUUGCAGUUCUACAGCUGAAACCUGAUGAGAAGAAACAGUUUCCUCCCCCACUUAAGACGUUCCAUGUACUUAAUCCUGAAAAAGAUGAGGAUAAACAAAUUUAUCUGAUCAGUCACAAUCAAAGUAAACAAAAGGAGGUAAACUCUGGUAUUGGUAUUUGGAAACCAACAGAGAAAAGGCUACAGAAUCUUGAAAAGUUUUGUCAACAAUAUGGAGAGGAGAAUGGGUACAAAGGACUGGACAGAAAAGAUAGAUUGGUUAUUAAGUGUGACUUUGUUGGUGGAGCUUCAGGUAGUCCUGGCAUUGUUAUUCUUGAUAGUGUGGCCUAUGUUGUUCUUGUUUAUAUUAGGGGAUUUCCAUCUUUUUAUCAUAAUCAACAGUUUUCUGAAGAACAAAAAAGAACAUUUCCUAUAGAUAAGCUAUUUCAACAUGGAGUCAAUAUUGGCAAUCUGUUUGACACCAUGUCUACUGGAGUGUACAUCAGACUUCGUAAUGAGAUAUUUCCUGAGGAAGCAUUGAAACUUGAGCAGAUUAAAAUGCAGCACCAACUGGCUAUUACUGGUGACAAAACAUCAAGCAAUACUGAUAAAACAGAAACAUCAAUUGACAUUGUGAAGGGUAAAAUGGACAAUAUCAGUUCAAAAUCAGAAAUGAAAAUUCCUAUUUCUGAAGGGACUGUUUGCACUGAUCAAAAUGAGGACAAGAUUCUAGAUGCAGCAAGUUAUAAAAGACUGACAUCACAUGAUUCUGUCCCUGGUCAAACUUAUAUUACAUCGCCAGUGGACGAUACAGACAGAUACAAUAAUACUGGAAACCAGCAUGCUCAAAAUAUUGAAACUGAUGGCAAAUGUACAGUACAAGAUCCACAUAACCACUCAAACAGGGAUAAUGGUGCUGCAGAGAAUCACAAUUUGCAUGCAAGAGAGAAAGAAAUCAUUACACAUCAGAGGAGUCCUGGAAGAACACAACCUGUGUCCAAUGAUCAUAUUACUAUUGAUGAGUGGAUUGGACAUGAAUGGCAGGUACACCGAUAUAAACAGUUAGACGACAACGAUCUUUUAUUUCUGAGUAAAGCUAUUCAUCCAGAAUGUUUCAAUGGUGUAGCACUCCAUUUAGACUUGAAUCUGAUCGAUGUUGCAGAGAUACAGACAAAACAACCAACAGACUUGUGCUGUCAAAUGCUGUAUAAAUGGAAAAAUAAAAACGGCGAGGAAGCAACUCUAGGGAAAUUAAUACAAAAUUUGUUCUCAUCCUGGAUUUCUGAAAAUAAAAGUGUUGAAAAAGAAGAAUUGAAACUUGCCAUUUCAAAAGUGACAGAGGUGAAGCCAUUUUGAUGUUCUAGCUAACACGUUACACUGAACGGCUGUUCACACAUAUAACAUUUUUUUUGGAAAAUUUCAUCUAUAAGAUUAUACAGCCUAAAUAUGUAACACUCCUAUACCAUGAAAGAUGCUGUCAUUGUAGAUAGCACAUUAGGAUGUUGCACAUAUACAGCCUAAAUAUGUUGCACUCCUAGACAGAGAAGAUGGAUUCAUGGCAUAUAGGAAGAGUCAACAUCCCAGAUGUGUUCCACUCCCACACAAUGUAGAUGGUUUCAUGGCACAUUAGGAUGUUUAACAUAUACAGCCUAAAUAUGUUACACUCCUAGACAAUGAAGAUGGUUUCAUGGUAGAUUGAUCACACAUCUGGAUACGUAGCAUAUACAGCCUAAAUAUGUUACACUCCUAGACAAUGAAGAUGGUUUCAUGGUAGAUUGAUCACACAUCUGGAUACGUAGCAUGUACGGACUAAAUAUGUUGCACUCCUUGACAAUGAAGAUGCUUUCAUGGUAUAUAGCACACGAAGAUACAUAUCAUAUACAGCCUAAAUAUGUUACUCUUCGACAAUGAAGAUGGUUUCAUUGUAGAUAGCACAUUAGGAUUAGUUACAUAUACAGCCUAAAUAUGUAAGACUCCUAUACCAUGAAAGAUGCUUCCAUUGCAGAUAGCAUAUUAGGAUUAGUCACAUAUAGCCUAAAUAUGUAAGACUCCUAUACCAUGAAAGAUGCUUUCAUUGCAGAUGCACAUUAGGAUAAGUCACAUAUUAUACAGCCUAAAUAUGUAACACUCCUAUACCAUGAAAGAUGCUGUCAUUGUAGAUAGCACAUUAGGAUGUUGCACAUAUACAGCCUAAAUAUGUUGCACUCCUAGACAGAGAAGAUGGAUUCAUGGCAGAUAGGAAGAGUCAACAUCCCAGAUGUGUUCCACUCCCACACAAUGUAGAUGGUUUCAUGGUAGAUGGCACAUUAGGAUGUUUAACAUAUACAGCCUAAAUAUGUUACACUCCUUGACAAUGAAGAUGGUUUCAUGGUAGAUUGAUCACACAUCUGGAUACGUAGCAUAUACGGACUAAAUAUGUUACACUCCUUGACAAUGAAGAUGCUUUCAUGGUAUAUAGCACACGAAGAUACAUAUCAUAUAGAGCCUAAAUAUGUUACUCUUCGACAAUGAAGAUGGUUUCAUUGUAGAUAGCACAUUAGGAUUAGUUACAUAUACAGCCUAAAUAUGUAAGACUCCUAUACCAUGAAAGAUGCUUCCAUUGCAGAUAACAUAUUAGGAUUAGUCACAUAUAGCCUAAAUAUGUAAGACUCCUAUACCAUGAAAGAUGCUUCCAUUGCAGAUGCACAUUAGGAUAAGUCACAUAUUAUACAGCCUAAAUAUGUAACACUCCUAUACCAUGAAAGAUGCUGUCAUUGUAGAUAGCACAUUAGGAUGUUGCACAUAUACAGCCUAAAUAUGUUGCACUCCUAGACAGAGAAGAUGGAUUCAUGGCAGAUAGGAAGAGUCAACAUCCCAGAUGUGUUCCACUCCCACACAAUGUAGAUGGUUUCAUGGUAGAUGGCACAUUAGGAUGUUUAACAUAUACAGCCUAAAUAUGUUACACUCCUUGACAAUGAAGAUGGUUUCAUGGUAGAUUGAUCACACAUCUGGAUACGUAGCAUAUACGGACUAAAUAUGUUACACUCCUUGACAAUGAAGAUGCUUUCAUGGUAUAUAGCACACGAAGAUACAUAUCAUAUAGAGCCUAAAUAUGUUACUCUUCGACAAUGAAGAUGGUUUCAUUGUAGAUAGCACAUUAGGAUUAGUUACAUAUACAGCCUAAAUAUGUAAGACUCCUAUACCAUGAAAGAUGCUUCCAUUGCAGAUAACAUAUUAGGAUUAGUCACAUAUAGCCUAAAUAUGUAAGACUCCUAUACCAUGAAAGAUGCUUCCAUUGCAAAUGCACAUUAGGAUAAGUCACAUAUUAUACAGCCUAAAUAUGUAACACUCCUAUACCAUGAAAGAUGCUGUCAUUGUAGAUAGCACAUUAGGAUGUUGCACAUAUACAGCCUAAAUAUGUUGCACUCCUAGACAGAGAAGAUGGAUUCAUGGCAGAUAGGAAGAGUCAACAUCCCAGAUGUGUUCCACUCCCACACAAUGUAGAUGGUUUCAUGGUAGAUGGCACAUUAGGAUGUUUAACAUAUACAGCCUAAAUAUGUUACACUCCUUGACAAUGAAGAUGGUUUCAUGGUAGAUUGAUCACACAUCUGGAUACGUAGCAUAUACGGACUAAAUAUGUUACACUCCUUGACAAUGAAGAUGCUUUCAUGGUAUAUAGCACACGAAGAUACAUAUCAUAUAGAGCCUAAAUAUGUUACUCUUCGACAAUGAAGAUGGUUUCAUUGUAGAUAGCACAUUAGGAUUAGUUACAUAUACAGCCUAAAUAUGUAAGACUCCUAUACCAUGAAAGAUGCUUCCAUUGCAGAUAACAUAUUAGGAUUAGUCACAUAUAGCCUAAAUAUGUAAGACUCCUAUACCAUGAAAGAUGCUUCCAUUGCAAAUGCACAUUAGGAUAAGUCACAUAUUAUACAGCCUAAAUAUGUAACACUCCUAUACCAUGAAAGAUGCUGUCAUUGUAGAUAGCACAUUAGGAUGUUGCACAUAUACAGCCUAAAUAUGUUGCACUCCUAGACAGAGAAGAUGGAUUCAUGGCAGAUAGGAAGAGUCAACAUCCCAGAUGUGUUCCACUCCCACACAAUGUAGAUGGUUUCAUGGUAGAUGGCACAUUAGGAUGUUUAACAUAUACAGCCUAAAUAUGUUACACUCCUUGACAAUGAAGAUGGUUUCAUGGUAGAUUGAUCACACAUCUGGAUACGUAGCAUAUACGGACUAAAUAUGUUACACUCCUUGACAAUGAAGAUGCUUUCAUGGUAUAUAGCACACGAAGAUACAUAUCAUAUAGAGCCUAAAUAUGUUACUCUUCGACAAUGAAGAUGGUUUCAUUGUAGAUAGCACAUUAGGAUUAGUUACAUAUACAGCCUAAAUAUGUAAGACUCCUAUACCAUGAAAGAUGCUUCCAUUGCAGAUAACAUAUUAGGAUUAGUCACAUAUAGCCUAAAUAUGUAAGACUCCUAUACCAUGAAAGAUGCUUCCAUUGCAGAUGCACAUUAGGAUAAGUCACAUAUUAUACAGCCUAAAUAUGUAACACUCCUAUACCAUGAAAGAUGCUGUCAUUGUAGAUAGCACAUUAGGAUGUUGCACAUAUACAGCCUAAAUAUGUUGCACUCCUAGACAGAGAAGAUGGAUUCAUGGCAGAUAGGAAGAGUCAACAUCCCAGAUGUGUUCCACUCCCACACAAUGUAGAUGGUUUCAUGGUAGAUGGCACAUUAGGAUGUUUAACAUAUACAGCCUAAAUAUGUUACACUCCUUGACAAUGAAGAUGGUUUCAUGGUAGAUUGAUCACACAUCUGGAUACGUAGCAUAUACGGACUAAAUAUGUUACACUCCUUGACAAUGAAGAUGCUUUCAUGGUAUAUAGCACACGAAGAUACAUAUCAUAUAGAGCCUAAAUAUGUUACUCUUCGACAAUGAAGAUGGUUUCAUUGUAGAUAGCACAUUAGGAUUAGUUACAUAUACAGCCUAAAUAUGUAAGACUCCUAUACCAUGAAAGAUGCUUCCAUUGCAGAUAACAUAUUAGGAUUAGUCACAUAUAGCCUAAAUAUGUAAGACUCCUAUACCAUGAAAGAUGCUUCCAUUGCAAAUGCACAUUAGGAUAAGUCACAUAUUAUACAGCCUAAAUAUGUAACACUCCUAUACCAUGAAAGAUGCUGUCAUUGUAGAUAGCACAUUAGGAUGUUGCACAUAUACAGCCUAAAUAUGUUGCACUCCUAGACAGAGAAGAUGGAUUCAUGGCAGAUAGGAAGAGUCAACAUCCCAGAUGUGUGCCACUCCCACACAAUGUAGAUGGUUUCAUGGUAGAUGGCACAUUAGGAUGUUUAACAUAUACAGCCUAAAUAUGUUACACUCCUUGACAAUGAAGAUGGUUUCAUGGUAGAUUGAUCACACAUCUGGAUACGUAGCAUAUACGGACUAAAUAUGUUACACUCCUUGACAAUGAAGAUGCUUUCAUGGUAUAUAGCACACGAAGAUACAUAUCAUAUGCAACUUAUAUGAUGUAUCAGUAGUAGAAGGUGCAACAUGGCAGCAGAAGAUAUUAAAUGGAGAAUCGUGAAGCGACAGUUUUAUUCUUUAGAGGAUAAAUAAUAUUAUAGUUUAUAGAUUUAUAGUUUAUAAUUUCUCUAAUCUUCAAAAUAUCAGAUGAGAAUUGGCCAAGUGCCCUCAAUAUGUCUACAAUGAUAUACCAUUCAUAAUUAAGAAUGUAUUGUAAACCUCUUUUUCAAUAUUCAUAUUCAAGGAAGUAGAUUGUCAAUUUAGAUAUUUACUUAUUUACCUGAAUUUUUUGUGAACAAGUAAUUGGAACAAUAUGACUUUAUUUAGAUUGUGUGAAAUUCAAGUUCAAAAUGUAUAUACAUCAGAUAGUUUGGGUUUGCCAGCAACUUCAGUUGUAUAGCAAAAAGAUCAUUUGUUGGUUGUAAUUAAUGCCAGCUCUAAAUAAGAUCUUAAAAGGAAAACUAUCUUCAAAUUUUACAAGUUACCAUAUCUACAUAUGAAUAAAUUAGAAUAGUCUGUAAAUAUUCUGUAUUUUCCUUUUUGCAUCAUCUUUUGAGUAACCAAGUCAGGUGAAAUACUUUUUCCUGUUAUAUCUAUCAUUGCUUUUGUACGAUAAACACAAAAAUGUAUAUGCAGUUUUGUUAAAUAUAUUUAAAUUCAAAAUUAAAAAAAAAUCAAUUUCAAAUUAACACAAACAAAAUUGACUUUAACUUAUGGUUUAGUUCAUGCACCCUUUAAUGCAUAUCUUAAAAGUUUUGUUGUGGACUAAGCAAAUAUCAAAUUAUCAUUUCAGAAGUACAUUUUGCUUGCAUGGUAUCAUCUUCACUAACAUUAACAUAGUGGGUUUCGGAGUUACUGAGGUAGUUCUUAUUGAGGUGUUUUUUGUUUUUUUCUAUGGAGGAAUCAGUGGUUUCUAUGUCUUCAGGAUAUGGUUUUGUCAUUCAAAGGGAACUGUCAAUGUAAUUCUGAAAUGAUAUACUUUGGUAUUUUAUAUUGUCAUUGAAAAAGAAACAAUAUUAGUGCAUGAACAUUUGAACUGUGAAUAUAUAAUAUUUAAACUUUAUAGUUUAUAAUUUUUAAAUCGAUUUUGGAAAUUUACUGUAUCAAAAUUAAAUUGUAUUUGACACAGUUUGAUGGAUGGAAAUUGAAAUUUGGACAAACUUAAUUGAUGUUCUAAAUUUAAGCACAAGUGAAAAUAAAAUUUCAAAUAUAAAUUUCUGCUUCAUUAAAACUUUUGGUUAAAUGGAUCUGCAAAAUCACUGAUAGCUAACAUUGUUAAUCCACUUAAUUAGAUAAGUGUCGUUAAGUAUAGUUGAAUGGAUCCUGUUGAUAUCCUAUUAAAAGUAUUGAUGUAUUAUAAAUCCUAUUCCUAAAUCUAACAUGUCAGACGCCAGAGAACCCCCUUUGUUAUAGAGGGAUCGCCCUUGCAUCAGUGUCUUACAAAUUGUAUUGUAAUAUACUGAACUGUAGAUUAGCUCAGUGGGUAGAUGAUAACAAUGUACUGGUUGAGGAGCAGAAUGGUUUACGGCAAAUUUGUAGUACAAUAGACCAAUUAUCUACUCUUACUAAUUUGAUAGAUGUGAGAAAAACACUUCCUAAAUCUAUCUUUUGCGCCUUUAUUGAUUUUAAAAAGGCUUACGACACUACAAAGAGAUAUUUUAUGGUAUAAACUAAAUAAAAUUGGUGUUGCACAAACUUUUUGUUCUGCUAAUAAGUCAAUUUAUACAAAUGUUCUGUAAGAAUAAAUUUCACAGACUGGUUUGAUGUAAACACUGGCUUGAAACAAGGAUGUCACUUGUCACUCAUUUUGUUCAACAUGUAUAUUAAUGAUUGAGUAACAUUUCUUAAGUCCUUUGACUGUGGAAUAGAAAUUGGUGAUGAAAAACUAUUUUAUUAUAUGCUGAUGACGUUUUUAUAACAAACGAUGAAAAAGAGCUUACAACUUUUCUUAAAUGCCCUUUCUACGUGAUUUGAAGACAAUUGUAUGACAAUUGAUUCAAACAAGAGUAACAUUGUACAAUUUAGACCACCAUCUAUACCUAGAUAUGCUGUAAUUUUUAAUUGUAAUGGUCAUACUAUUAAGUUUCUAGUAAUGAUACUUAUCUUGGUCUCGUUUUAAACAAUCAUUUAGACUAUAAUAUCACUAUAAAAGCCGUUGCAUCUUCAGCAAAUAGAGCUUUAGGGAUGGUAAUAGCCAAGUGUAAACUUUUAGGUGGUGUUUGUUUCGAUGUAUUUGUAAAAUUAUAUGAAAAUUUGGUUUGUCCUAUAAUAGAAUAUGAAAAGGUAUAUGGGGUGUAAAGACAUACUCUUGUAUUAAUUCCAUACAUAAUGGGGCCUGUAGAUUUUUUCUAGAAGUAGAAAAAUAUGCACCAAAUGCUGCAGUUACUGGAGACUUGGGUAUAAUUGUAUUUUCCCACAUUUUGUAUAGCGGGAAAAUAUUGUAUUGACGGACACGGGUCGUAUGAAUAUAUAAUAGGGUCACUUAUAGUGACUAAUGGGUGUACUUUCUGGUAAUAAAGCAUAGGGUCACUUUCUAGGUGUCGUGAAACGAUUGAACACUCACCUUGCAUUUUUGAUGUAUAUACAUUGAUAAGUUUAUUUUUGUAUUGCAUUUUGAUUUGCCAAUACACACAUGUGUUAAGGUGUAGGUCAGAGCACCUGACCCUGGAGACAGGAUUGCGCACUUGGCAUCCACUGACACAGGUUUCUAGAGCUUUUUGAUCGAUUAUAUCGUUUUUUAUCUCUAGUUGUUCCUGGCCGGCCCUGACUGUCUAUGAAGGGGUGCAUUUAGUCAAAAGUUGGUUUUGGUGUGGUUAGGAUAAUCAUGGAAGUAUUAUAUUUUACUUCCAUGGGAUAAUAUAUACAUAGGAAUUGUAUGAUUUUGAAUUAUAUAUGCAUUGCAAUUAUAACAAUUUAUUGAAUUUGUGAAUAUUUAUAAUACAAUCUGGCGUCCAUCGAGCAUGACUGGCUGUCGGCAAACUAAGAUUAUGUUUGCGUUGUUUAUAUUUGGCACGAGUAUGUAGUAAAUACCACCUAUUUUUGAUAAGCAGUGGAAAAGUAUUAUUUGUUUGUGGUGUAGAUUAAAUAACAUGAGCUCAAGUCGGAUAAAUGCAAAAGUUCAUUAGUGGGCUGAUAGAAUGAGUAUUAAGCAUAGGUGUGUUGAAAACUGGAACUUUUUAGUAUGGAAAACCUUCUCUGAAGUCAUUUAUUGUGUCCUGAAAACACCUAUGGACACUAAUUAUGUUGUUAAACUUUAAUGUCAAAAUGCAUUUCAGUCACAGAAGUGCUUUUCUCAAAUUUAGAUGUGGUGUUGCUCCACUAAGGAUUUAAGCUGGGAAAUAUGUAAAUAUUGUUUGUGUUUUAUUAAGAUGUCCUCUUUAUGAAGAUUUUAGAAACCAUUUAUAUUAUGUUGCUGAAACUUAUAAUGAAAAUUUUAUUAUUCAUAUUGUUUAAUAUAUUAUAUCUAUGCAUUUUAAUAGUCUCUUAUAAUUCUGUAUAGAAUGGCUCAUUUUAUUUAGUAUUGUUUUACAAUGUAUAAAUAUCGAUUGUCGAGAGAUGAGACAUUCAUAAAACAAUGAAUUAAUUGAAUUGAGUUUGUUAGUAUUACAAUCAAUAUUUGUGUAUGCCUCGCACAGAAAGGUGCAAGCAGGGCCGUACUGGACAUCUUCAGUUAUCAAGUUUUUUUUAUAACAAACCCACUGAGAUCUGGUAUCAAGGAAAUUAAAAUGAAUGAACAAUACUUUCUUGUAUUUUGUACAAUAAUAUUUUUCUAAUUACACCUUACUCAUGAUGCAGAUUUGUCUUCAUCUAAUACUAUGAUGAUGUACUACAGUGGCAUAAAAGUAGUUACGAUAGGGUUAGAAAGUGUCAUUUUGGUAUUUAUUAUCAUAAUGCAUUAGAAUUAAAUUUCCACACGUUUCAAAGAAUAACAUUGAAAAAUAAUUUAUAAGCCAACACUUCUAGCCAGUAGUUAUUUUUGAAUAAUAAGAAUUUAUUUACCUCCUUCGACAAUCUUCCUAGCAUUGGUAUUGGAAUUUUAAAUUUUUUUCCCCACUACCUUUUCAGUUUUAAAUUCGAUUCGCUGUGUUGACUCAUUUUAGUUGGUUGUUCCAUAUCGGCGGGGUCAUUGAUGAUAGAAUAUUUGCCAUUAUUUGAUAUUUCACAUAAAAUACAAUGCAAGAGCAUUUCAUCAAUUAUAAUUGCUACGAUUUUCUUUAUGUAUUUAUGCUUAUCCUUGUGUGCAUGUUUAUUGCUUUAAUAAAGAUAAAAUCCGAUGUCCAGGUUAUCGGCAAUAUGAA